AUGAUUUCAUUUCUUGUUUCUUAUACGUAUAUUGUUUUGAUUAUUUCAUUCUUACCAAGUUCUUCAAAGUAUUCAAACGAGUACACUCAAAUUCGGUAUUUCCCACUGUCAAAAAGUGUUCAAUCUGCUGAAAUUACAUCAUGUAAGAAGUCCAAAGCCAAUUUUUUACAAUGGGAUAUACUUGUGAAACGAGCACUUGGAAAAGAAACGUCAAUGCAAACAAUUUUAAUAAAAAGAAGUUUAAAAAUUGCGUUUAGAUGA